CUCUGCUGCGUCACGUGCGAUGACAGCAUCAGAACACCCCCUAGAGUAGAGUGAUCGCAAGAUGCACCGGUCGCAAACGAUCACGAGGAGCGACGAUGGCUCGCUCACCGUAGUAGAUGGCAUCCACGGCACGGUCAGAAUCACCGAGGAUGUCCUCAUUCGCCUCAUCUACUCCCCGGCCGUCCAGCGUCUAGGGGGUGUGCUUCAGCAUGGAAUCACCGGUUUGCUCGCCAUGACGCCGCCAGUCACUCGUUUGGAGCACAGCGUUGGUGCGAUGCUUCUUGUCCGCAAACUCGGUGCCAGUUUGAAAGAGCAGAUUGCCUCUCUUCUUCACGAUAUCAGCCAUACGGCAUUGAGCCACGUUGUCGACCAUGCGUUUCGCGGAACAGAAAGUUACCACGAGCUGCAGAAAGAGAGUUAUCUGUUGAGCACUGAGCUUCCCGAACUGCUCAAGUCAUUCGGCUACGAUUGGCGGGACUUCCUCAAGGAGGAGGACUAUCCGCUACUGGAGCAAGACUCUCCAAAGCUGUGUGCUGAUCGUCUGGACUACGGACUGCGUGAUUGCUUGGCAUUUGAUAAAUUGAGCGAAUCCGAAGUCCAACGAACUCUGGAAAACUUGAGGGUAGCGGAAAAUUGCAUUGUAUGCUCGGACCCCCAGGUAGCGAGAGUUCUUGCUGAGGCAUACAUGGCCACCGAUCGCGAUGUGUACGGAAAUCCGGAGCACAUCGGCUUGUAUGAACUCGCUGGGGCGGUCAUCAAGGAUGCUGUGGAUCGAGGCUACAUUACCAAAGAGCACUUGUGGCUUCAAGAUACAGAAUUCUGGUCAAUCUUGUCAGCCAUCCCAAACGAAGAGCUUAGUACCAGAAUAGGGCUGAUUGUUCCGACCACCCGCUUUCAGGAAGUGGUUGAUGGAAGUCACGAUCUUAGUUUCCGCCCUAAGGUUAGGACAAUUGAUCCAGGAGUAGUGAGGGAUGGUGUCACGGUCCCCUUAUCGACCAUUGAUCCAACAUAUAAGCGGAUACGGGAAGAGUACCUAGCUAGUAAAACAAGGGAGUUGAAGAUGCGCGUGAUUUCCUAGGACGAUGGGUCGUUGAAUACUAUAGAUUGGUGGAUAGCACUAGAGGUGAAAGGUGCAUCAUCAACGCAUCGAUCUAUUAUAACAUCAGCUUCUUUGGUGGACGCGGCAAUGAAGUCACAAAGUCGGGUGACGAUUGACAUCUUUGUUUGGCUGCAUUUUCAAUAUAUCAUAGGAAUACUGCAAACAUUGGGUUGGGAGCACAGCCAGGACAAGUACAAGUAGCAAGUCUUUGUUAGGAAUACAUAUGUGGGCAGAAAAAAGACUGUCA